AUGGACAAGAAACUCGCCAAAUUGCCGCGUGUUUGCAACGAUAAGACCGUCAAUCUAUCGGAUAGCGAGGCAGAAAAAAGCCUUAACUUCCUCGGAAACCAAGUCGACGAUAUGAGUCGCUUCCGUGAGUUUGCCGAGAAAGAAUUCAAACAACUAAAUAAACGUCUCGAAGGAGUGGCAAAAAAAUCAGAUGAACUUUCAGAUGCCAUAGAUCAUAUUCAAAAGUACAGUUAUCAGUACAACGUCAAACUUCUCGGUGUUCCCGAAUGGAAUGAAAGAGAAACAGCUGCCACGUCGACUGAGUUAUGCGUUCGACUAUUUAACGGAAUGGGUGUAGAAGUAAAAGCCCACAAUAUUGAUAUAGCACAUCGAGUCCCGCACAGAAAUGCAUUCGCUACAGGCCCGAAACCCAUCGUCUGUAAAUUCGUUCGAAGAGUGGUCAAAGAUGAAGUUAUUCGACAACGAAAAGAAGCGAGUAAAGUAAAAUCUGAAGCCUUGGGCCUCUCGUCAGACGCUUCCCUUUGUAAUGUUUUGGUCAUGGAACAUCUUACGCCGAAAGCACAAAAUCUUCUCGCCGAAGCUAAACGGUUCUCAAAACAGCAUAACUUCAAGUUUUGUUGGGUGAAAAACGCUAAAAAUAUACCUAAGAAAGAAUGA